CCCGCAACCCAGCGCCCAACCGCUGCGCCACCGGGGAGGCCCGAUAAAACAUUUUUUAGCCAUCAGUGUAGCAUUGAUUUCAGAUGAAGGGUUAUUUCAAGACUGAGCAAGAACUGAGUAAAACUUGCCUAAUGUUAUAGCAGUAAUAUUAGCUAGCAUUAAGCACUUACUAUCUACCAGACAUUGAAUUAAGUGAGUUAACUCAUUUAAUUCUCACAACUCUUUUGCAGUGGGUACUGUUCUACUAAUUUCAUUUUAGCGGUGAGGAAACUAAGGUACAGAGAAGUUAAGUAACUUGCCAACGACUGCAGAGCUAGCAAGUGACUAAGCCAAGAUUUGGUACUCUGUCUUAAGAGACUGUACUCAACUAGUAAACCAAACUGCCUAAUGAUCUCAAGUUUAAUAACCUCAAGUUCUAAGUAGGUUUAGUCUAUGCACAGUCAACUCAUACAAAGAAGGAAAAGACCGAGCCUGAGGGAGGGAAGUAAACAGGGCUCUGGGUGUUUUCCAUGCAUUAAUUUAUUUACUCCUCACAAUCUAAGAGUUUGGUGCAGACUGUGAAAUAAGAACUGUUACUAUUUUACAGAAGAGGAAACAGAUACUGAAUGGGUAAAAAUUUUGCCAAUAGUUUAUAUAGCUAGUUAAGUGGCAGAACCAAGACUUGAAUGUUCUCUACUAUAUUGUACUGGAGGGAUACAAAGACCCAAUAUAUGUGCACCUACUCUACAUGCACACACUUGCACAGAAAUAGAUUUCUGCCCCUACUAAACUAUAGUGCUUGCUUUUACUAUAACAGAACCUAUGUUUUUAUGGCUCUGAGUCUCACACCUGCCAGGAAUAAGGUCAAAUUCAGCAAAUAAAAUAUGUCCAGUUAAUUUUGAAUUUCAGGUAAACAAUAAGUAAUUUCAAAUGCGUCCCAUACAAUAUUUGGGACAUACUUAUAUCAAAAACUUUUUCGUUGAUGUUUAUCUGAAAUUCAGAUUUAACUGGGCAUCCUGUCUUUUAUCAGCCAACCUUACCCAGGAGGAAAAUUCCUAUUAGUUUUUUAAAGUUCUAAAUCAAAUGACUAUUCCUGGAGAAAGUCAUCAGCCAUUUUUUUCUAGGUAGUUUCUUUUUCUGGUCUGUAUUUUUAUAACCCGACUUAGAAUUAUCCAUCAUAGUACUUGUUAUUCUCCUUGUAGAUGCCUGACUCUUCCCAUUCAGAUCUUUAAUUUACUAUGGGGGAACCGUUCUACUUUCCUUUCUGAAUCCCCCAGCCAUGGCGAUGGUGAACGAUUGAAAUGGUUAUUGAAUAAACAGCUACUGUGUGUAAGGAAUGAAGAAGAACUAGCAUUUGUGAAUUGCCUUCUGGGUUCUAAAUAUAUGGCAUUAUUGUGUUGCAGUAUAUAAUGCUCAUUAAGCCCCAUUACAAAAGGAUGGGCAUAGUCUUUGGUCCCAGGGCCAUCACUUUCUUCUGCGCCUUUAACAUCUGAUUUAAAUAACAAGUCUUUCUAGUCUCCUUUCUUGGAGAGCAGAAGCUGGGUUUGGUUGGCGUAGAGCUGUUUCUAUAGCUACAGAGGACCUCUGAGAGGCUGAGGAGGCCGGAAGUGUCGUGUGCGCUUCCGGCUUGCGUCGACUAGUCCGACAGCCCGGAAGUUGACGCGGCGCGUUUGCGCAUGGCCGCGCGCGGGGGCGAUGCCGCUGGUUGUGUUCUGUGGGUUGCCGCGCUGCGGCAAGAGCCGGCGGGCCGCGUUGCUCCGUGGAGCGCUGGAGGCUGAGGGCCACACGGUGCACGUGGUGGACGACGCGUCGGUGCUGGGCGCGGAGGACCCUACGGUGUACGGCGAUUCGGCCCGUGAGAAGGCGCUGCGCGGCGCCCUGCGAGCCGCGGUGGAGCGGCGCCUGAGUCGCCACGACGUGGUCAUCCUCGACUCGCUUAAUUACAUCAAGGGCUUCCGCUACGAGCUCUACUGUCUGGCGCGGGCAGCGCGCACCCCGCUGUGCCUGGUCUAUUGCGUACAGCCGGGCCGUCCGGGCGGGGGACCUCGGGGGGUCGACACGGAGGAGGGUCGGACCCGUACCCCAAGUGUAAGUUGGACCCCGCGCUCAGAGAAGGGCGGGAGGAUUCAGGCUGCCGGCGUCUGCGUUCUCGGGGAGCCGCAGGCUGUGGACUCUGCAGUAAAUGGGAGCGCCCAGGCCAGCGUACCUACGGAGCUGGAACCGGAGGAAGCCGGGGCACCAGAUCCUCCAGCUCUCGUGCCUCCGGAAUUGGAGAAAUCUUCAAAGCAUGUGUCCAGUGCCCUUUACCCUCCGGAACUUCUGGAGGCUCUCAUGCUGCGCUUUGAGGCUCCAGACUCUCGGAACCGCUGGGACCGGCCCCUGUUCACCUUGGUGGGCUUAGAGGAACCGUUACCCCUGGCAGAGAUUCGCGCAGCCUUGUUUGAAAACCAGGCUCCCCCAGCCCAUCAGUCUACCCAGUCUCAGCCCCUUGCCUCCAGCAGCUUUCUACACCAGUUGGAUCAGGUUACCAGCCAGGUGUUGGCAGCACUGAUGGAAGCGCAAAAAAGCGCCCUCCCUGGAGACUUACUUAAGCUGCCUGGCACUACUGAGCACCUUCCGUUUACCAGGCCCUUGACCAUGGCAGAACUGAGUCGUCUUCGUCGCCAGUUUAUUUCCUACACCAAAAUGCAUCCUAACAAUGAGAACCUGCCUCAACUGGCCAACAUGUUUCUGCAGUAUCUAAGCCAGAGCCUGCACUAACCGGAGGAUGUAGGGAGAAAGCCAUGGCUCCUAUCUACACUGCUCUAAUUUUUCUGGGACGAAUAGUCUGAAGGUUUGCAGAGGGUAUUGAUGUAUGGUACUUGACCUAUUGUGACUGGUUCUGUCAACCACAUCAGAGAUCUAGCUUGGAGGAUCUUGGCAAAUUUCUUGAAAGGACAGAGCUCAGUUUGUUUAGAUUGGGUUCUGUUUGGGAUAUCACACACCACUGAUUACCCCCAUCUGAGUUGUGGGAGAGCAGACUGGAUUGAUGAUUUGUUUUUAAAACAGUUGUGAGCAGAAACCAAAGAUGACAUCUGCUCUGACCCUUCUGUCAUUUCACAGUUUUUUGGUACUGAAUCCUUUUUUGCUAGUUUCUAUGCUGGGACCCGGGGCCACAAAUAAAUCUUGUUUCUGUCCUUGCGAAGCAAAUUUUGGUUCUAGUGGAAGUGAAAAACAUAACCACUAGAUUAUUUUAUCUAAUAAAAUCUUUUAGAAGAAGAGUCUGCUGGAAUGUCUUUUACUUGCUGUACCUCAUGUUCUUCAUGUAAUUUCUGUAAUUUACUAAUAUAUUUUAGAUCCGCUGUUAUUUUUGUGCUUUCCACUGAAAUAGACCUUUGGUAGUUUUAAGUGAGAGACUAGAUGCAUGGUCUAUAACCUGGAGUGAUAUACACAACUCUAAUUUGCAUUCUGUAUUUCAAAGCAAAUAUCACUUUAAAUGGCUUCCAUUUGUUCAUUGAUUUCAUUAAAUAGAUGCUUGAAUACUUGUGAUUUUUCAAAGAUGAAUUAGAUAUAGUCUUUGCUCUGAAGCAAUUAAUAGUUUGAUGUGAAAUACAAUUAAGUAAACAUGAUUACAGGAUAACAGGCUGGGGGGUUAAAGGAUGAUGGCUGAAUGGCAGCCUAGAGGAGGAAAGGACUAACCAGCUUAUGAGAAAAGGUGAUUUGGGGAAGCUUUCACACAUGGUUUAAUUUUUGAACUGUCACUAGAGCCGGAGCCAGCAAAGGGCCAAAAGAUACCUUUUUUUAGGUUUUAUGGGCCAUAGGGCCUCUGCUGCAGCUUAUGAACUGCCAUUGUAGCAUUAAAACAACCAUAGAUGGUAACUAUACAAGUGGUUGUGAAUGUUAUAAUAAAACUACACUGAAACAUUAAUUAUAUUUCAUUUUAACAUUUCAUUAGAUACAACAAAUUUCAUUACAACAAA